AUGGCUUCAGCAGGGGCUGAAAAGCAGCCAGGGCCCCAGGAGGCCAUGGGGCCACCACAGCUCCCAGAGGUGCCCAGUGGCUGCCCUCAGACCUCUGAGUGUCUAGUAACAGGAAACCAGUGCCCGGUGCCAGCACAUGAAGCCUGCCAGACUCGGGGGGAAGACAAGUGUCCAACAGGUGUAGCCUCAGAGCCAGAGCUCCAGGAGGGACUCAAGCAGGAGGAGAGGCUCAAGGCAGAGCGAGAGGCACCAGAGGAGAGAAGCCCCAGGCCGGCGGCCUCCCUUGUGAGGCCCAGCCAUUGUCCGAAGAGGAAGCCAGUGAAGUCCCUUAGCCUCCCAGGGCCUAGCCACCAUGCCUAUCCUAGGACUGAAGCUGACCUGCCACCGGGGCUGCCACUGCAGAAGGAGGAGCCAGAGGGCAGCCAGAGUGAGGCUUUACCAUCUGCCAAACAGCACAAAAAAGCCAAAAAGCGCAAGAGUCUGGGGGCUCCCAUGCUCCCAGCUGUGGCCUGCACAGUAUCUGCACCCUCAGAGGCCUUGGGCCUGGAGCGAAAGGCCCAGCGCCUACGGCCUCUGUAUCAGUACAUCAACUAUUGCAACCCUGAACUGAACCAGGCAAUGGAGGGGGACAAGGUGGCCAAGGCUGAGGUGGAGGCUGAGUCAGAGCUGGCCCUGAUUCCUGAGGAGGCAGGUGUGGAGCAACUGCAGGCCUUGCUGCCCAUGGCAGGUGAGCUGGGCUCAGGCCUUGCAUUGCCCUGUCCCAGUAUGUUAGUACCCCCCACCCAUGCUCUGGCUCCCCUAGGAGAAGAGGCUGGAGAGGAGCCUGGGGAUUUGUCCAGCCUUGGGGUGACUGGCCACCUCAAGGCCGAGGUGGAUAAGUCAACCCAGGUGGACAUUGACAAGAUGCUGAGUGUCUGCGCUGCUCCACUUGUCCCUCCCCUCUCUCCUCAGUACAAGUGA